ACCCCUCCCUCUUUCUCAUCCCGCUUCCUUUGCUGGUGGAGGUGCAACUGUUCUUCGGUCGUCCCGAAUCUGGGUUCAUCCGACACUGAAACCUGUCUGAGAGAAGCGGAAUCCCCCUAGUCCGGCACAGUCAUGCCUCCUAAGUUCGACCCCCUCGAAGUUAAAAUCGUUUUCCUAAGAUGUACUGGUGGUGAGGUAGGGGCUACCUCAGCUCUGGCUCCCAAAAUCGGACCUCUGGGUUUGUCUCCCAAAAAAGUUGGUGAUGACAUUGCCAAGGCAACCGGUGACUGGAAGGGCUUGAGGAUCACUGUCAAACUGACCAUUCAGAACAGACAGGCCCAGAUUGAGGUUGUACCAUCUGCCUCUGCUCUGAUCAUCAAGGCCCUGAAGGAGCCUCCACGUGACAGGAAGAAGGUGAAGAACAUUAAACACAGCGGAAGCAUCACGUUUGAUGAAAUUGUCAGCAUUGCACGUCAGAUGAGGCAUCGUUCCCUGGCCAGAGAACUAUCUGGUACCAUUAAGGAGAUCCUGGGCACAGCACAGUCUGUGGGCUGCAACAUUGAUGGCAGACCCGCACACGAUGUAAUUGAUGAUAUCAACAGCGGUGACGUUGAAUGCCCAACAAACUAAAUCUCCUCGGAAGAGCUUUAAUAUUUAAUAAAAAACAAAUUUCUCUGAAA